CGCCUACUCCGCCACGAAUCCCCAUGCCCCCCCUGCUUCCGCGCCCCCUCCGCCUUACCCGCGUAGCCACAUGCGCCAUUGGUCGGCUUGAUCUUGCCACGUGGCGGCAGAUGUCUCACUUCGCUCUGCUGUCGCCUGCCACGUCAGCCACAAGACCCCUCGACUCACAAUUUCUCGCACCCGCUGUUUCCCCCGCCCCUCUCCAUCCGCGUUCCCCCAAUUCCCCGCCUCCGCCGACCUCACCCUCCCCCAUUCCCCUCGCAUGCGUCGCCUUUCGCCUUCCCGCUCGCAUAAUCGGGCGGGGAGAUGACGUCAGCUCUGGCGGGAGGCGCAACGGCGGUAGCAGCUGCUGCAGCGCGAGGGCGGUGAGAUGCUGUGCUAGCGGGGGUCGGGGGAAAGGCGGGGGAAACGGCGAGGCGGAGGCGGGGUUUGACGAGUGGCUGCGGAGGUGGGAGGAGUGCGUGGAGGUGGUGCGCGCGCAGAUGGAGGGUCGGCGGCUGCAGUGGAACGAGAGGCGCAGGAGGUUCGAGGACACACAUGGCAGCAACGCUACUCAUGGGGAUGCUCACGGUGCUGGCAGUGGCGGUGGUGCUGGUGCUGGUGCUGGUGGUGGGAGCAGUCUGUUUUUUUUGGCGCCUCCUCUCGUUCUCCUGCCUGCCUCCCCACCGGAUUCACCUCAAGAGUACAUCCACUACCUGCUAUCUCGCUCCACCCUCUCUCCUGCACCCCACUAUCCAUCGCCCCCCUCCGUGCGCCCAUCUGCCCCCGCACUUUCCCUGGGGUCGCACAUGGUGGCGCUGCUGUGCGCCGACUCAGCCGCGCUCGCCAUCUUCCACCAGGGGAAGCUCGCACAACACAAGGUGAUCACGGCGUACACGGUGCGGGCGAAGCAGGGCCGGUCGCAGCUGGCGCAGCAGAGGGGCAAGGGCGCGGGCCGCAUGAGUGCAGGCGCAGCUGUGCGGGCAAGGGAGACCCGCCGCCUCUUCUCUCAGGUGGUGGAGCGGUGUGUGGCGUGGGAGGCGGACAUCAAGCAGUGCGAGAGAAUCUUCUUCACUGGAGAUGUGCGCGCAUGGAAUGAGGUGUUUGCGUGCCAUGCGCCCGCCAUGCCAGUGGGGCGCAAGGACGGGCGGUGGGUGAAGGUGCCCUUCCACGUGCACCGCCCGCGACUCGCGCAAGUGCAGCAGUGAGGCCUGUGGGAGCGAUCGGGGAGUGAAAGUAAAGGGGGGAGAGAGGGGCGGGGGGGACAGAGAGAAUGAAUGUUUUCCACCGCCUCAGCCACGGGUGCUACGGAGUGGGGCCAAGGUAGCAACACGGGCAGCACAUGCCUCAUUGUUGGGCAAACCUGGAGUCAAGCAGCAAUUCGUUACGGUAACCUUGGCAGGAACUAAGUUCUGCAUGCCAGAAUAGGCAUCUAACAGCAUCGUUAAGGCGAGAAGAGAAGGCAGAUACUAGUACACACAUAGCUUCCAGUCCAGCUGUGCUUGGGUUAGCCAGGAACUUCUCCAUCCAUCCUCACUUACAGAAAGGCACAGUAAUAGUAUCAUGGUACAGCACAGCAGUAUGAACGCUUUCGGUUUGGCCCACCUGGAAGCCGACU